CACACAUGGUGUGUCUGGCUCUCGCGAUCCAAGACGCGAUCGGCACCGGCUAUGCUCAGUCGUCCGCGACACCUUCGCCGCGCGCGAUACUCCGUGCAUACCGAUCGCCAGCUCCGUCCUCUUCGACCCGAGCAACAAAACUCCCCCUUAUAAACCCAUAAAUUUUUUUUUUUUGUUAAUCACGUCUUUUCCUUAUUUCUCCCCUUAUCACUCUCCAUUUUUACCAACAAAAGUCCCGGACUUUUUCCCGGUGCCGCGCGCCGAUUUUCGCUCAUCAUUCCGUCCAUCAGUGAUUUUUGGUGCCGUCGACAGUGAUUUGUCAAACAAGUGAUUAUACGUAUAAAAGACCCCUGCCUCCGCUGAUCGGUAUACUCUUUUCCCCGUCACCGACAAACACUGUUAUAUACGGAUACGAGCCAAAGCCGUGCGAUCCCCCCGAAAAAGCCAUGCGGCAGAACCGAUCUCUCCAUCCCAACCGGGUGUAAAAGAAGGAGGGGGGGGAGAAAAAAAAAUCAGUUGCACCGAGUCAGCAACAAUGUAAGCUCGAGCUCACGAGGAUCGGCGACAGGUAAAAAAGCGACGAAAGCAAAAAAGGGGAAGAGAAAGAGGAAAAAAAUCGGAUGUCUCCGCGGGCCAAGCAGCGCUGACGCGCCGCGAGGAUGUUCUCUCCCGGGUGGAGGCUGUUCCUCCUCCUGGUGUUGUUGUUGUUGUUGGUGGUGGGUGAGGCGCGCCGCCACGAGGAGCCAAGGCAUCACCGGCACCGCCAUCGCCACGAGCCCUCGGCGGAGUCGCGCUGGCACCGCUCGACGGCCCUCAGAAAGCGAGUCGAGCCCGAACCGCAGCCCCGGUCCCACGACGAGGACGACGCCAGUGACUUUGAUAGCUACGAGUACGAGGAGUACACCGACGAGGAGGAGGAGGACAGGGGACGCCUGGGCAGACGGGCCGCACAGCGGUGGGGCAGGUACGAGCCGUCGAGGCACCGCUCGAGGUACCGCGUAGGGCAGUACAGCCGCGCGGGCUACCGAUACCGUGGCGUCCCACGACACAGGCCACGGGUACAGGGCCACCCCGGGUGGUACUGGCCCAGCCAGCGCAGGUACAACAGCCAGAACCUCGUCGGUGGCGACGACGAUGCUAGCGGUAGCGACGAGGACAGCUACCAUCGGUACACCGGCAGACCGGCGCGCAAGAGACCGGCGGCUCACCCGGUAAACCGAAGACCGAAUCGGCGCUACACGCCGGAAAGUGACGAGGAGGAGGAGGAGGAGGAUGAUGAUGAUUACACCUACGAGGAAGAGGACGAAGAUACCAUGGAGGAGGAGGAGGAGGAGGGCGACCGAUCGAGGAGGCGGCUGAAGGGGCCGUCAAAGUGGGCCAGCAGCAAACUCGACGAGUGGACGAGGCUCACCAGGGUGGUGCCGGACCAGCUGAACGAGUCGCGCUCCUCGUACCACGAGCCCUCGGCCAAGAAGGGCAAGGACGGGUUUCCAGAGGAGGACGAGUACGAUGACGAGGAGGAGGUGUGGAGGGACGUGGACGGGGAGGACGAGGGGGACAACUCGCUCAAGACCUUCGACGACAUAAUCCGCAGACUGACGGGGGAGCGCGAGCCGACGACGACGAGCGCGACGGUGGCCAGGCGUGGGUAUCGCUCGAGCCCGGAGUCGGAGAGCUACCCGAAGCGCGACGUGUACGGGAACCUGAAGCUCUUCAAGACCAAUGGCUCGCGGGUCGUCGGGGCUGUUAGGAGCGAGGAAGCGGGGAGCCUCGUUGGUGGCUCGAAGAGGAAAAAGAGCCUCGGGCUCGAGGAUCGGGGUGAUCCGGCCAAGUGGGGAGGAGCCGAGGAGGCGCAGCUCGACAUCGAAUCGGAUUCCAUCGGUGACAAAAGCGAGGAGAAAAAAGUGACCACGACCCCGACGACCGUAGUUAGCCCAACUCCCUCGACCACCGUCGCGCCCAGCAGCACCACCACUUCGACGACGAGCACGUCACCGAGAACCACAACAACAACGACCACGACCACGAGCACGAAGACGUCGAUAACCCCAAGGCCAGGGGGGAGCAGUCGCAAGGAAAGCCCGGCUUACGAGGCGGCGUCCACGGGCUCGCAGUACAACGGCUACCAGGCGAAAAACGACUACCCGGCGAUGUCGGCCCACAGUGCGCUCAAGUGGCAGUACCUCGGGACCCGCGAAAGCGUCACCGAGACCCGCAACAACAUGCCGCAGUUCAGUAAGACCGGCAAAUCUGCCGAGAUGCACGCGGCUCACAGUCACGCGCUCCACGUGGCCAAGGAGGGCAGCUGUCAGUGGCCCCGGGCGAAAGUCGUGCCGGUACGCGAAGUCUACCCAAACUCGACGGCCACCUACAUUCCCCACUGCGCCAUCGUGCACCGCUGCUCCGACGACACCGGCUGCUGCAGGUCCGAGACCUUGACCUGCGAGGCCAAGCAAACCCACAACGUCGAGCUCUACUUUUACGUNACCCAUAUCCACGGUGCAACGGCAAUCGAGAAACUGUCUUUCACCAAUCACACCGAAUGUGAAUGCAUUGAAAGAAAGGAUCCCAGAGGCAGUGGAAGUGAUGAACCCAUGGGUCGUCGGCCCUUGAGAUCCCACUACCCUUCUUCCACGGUGCCCCAAAACGCGUUUAAUCUGACGCCACCAAAAAAGCCAUGUCGCUGUACAGCACAAUUCACACCGAAGAUUACGAACAAUGGACUGUGCGAGUGUAACUGUGCAGAAUACGACGCUCCCUGCAUAAGAAUACAGCAAGGCAAAGGCUUUUUAUCCGUCAACGACAGACUCUGUAUACGGAGCGAAAAGUGUACGAUGCCUAACUGCAUCUUCGGCGAGUACAUGAUUAGCCAAGGCAAGUGUCCGAGGAAAAAAGACAUAUUUGAGGCGGUCACGAAUCGACGCCCAGUUCUCAACCAGUAUCAUCACCGACGAAGUUAAACAUAUGGAAAACACAAAAAUAAAAAUGAAAGAGUAGCAUGAAACUAAAAAAUUAUUUAAUUAAAUAAAACGCAAGUGUGAUGAGCGAGUUCUGAAAUCGCACGAUGGGCUCGCCACUCACGUUUGUCAACGGACGGUGCCAUUUAUCUAAAUACUAUUUUUUAAUAUUCUUUCUGUAUCUUGUUCUACGCGCACGUGCAUAUAAUUUUUUCUAGCAUGCUUAUUGUCGAAUAAGAAGUGAAGAUGAAGAAAGUAUGCGCUUCGAGAGUGAUUGAUGUACAGUACGUGGGUUCUGCAUUGAACUACGUCAGUUUCAGUGACGGUAAAUUCCAUGUAAAGUCUACAUGAUUCAUCUAAUAUUAUUUAUUACUUACGUGUUAGUUUUACCGUUAUUAUUACUAAUAAACGUUGACUGCAAUGGUUAUUAAAAUCGUGAAGGUCAACGUCAGUUGAUCGAGUACGAUUUUUUUUUAGUUUCGAGUAUUUAAAUAUAAUUGAAGUUUUCAAUCAGACGUAGAUACGACCUUGAUAUCUUUUGACUCGGGUAGUAUUGUAAACAUUACAGCAGAAAUUUUGCAUGACACAGUGUUUAAAUGUUAUUUUCCGAUCUUGGGCGUUUUUGAGAGUCGGGUGUGCCCUCACUAGGAAAAAUACAAUUCGCCACUAAAUGAAAUCGCUCCGUGGCUACCUUACGUCACUCGGGCCCUGAUUCGCAGGUCCCUUGGGCCGCAAAAUAGCCCCAGAGACUACGGCACUUAUCCGAAAAUAACUACUAUAAAUUAUGUAAUAUGUUGUUUAGUUCAAAAUAAUGAGCAGUAUUCUGCAGUUUUUGUGAAAAAUUUACCCGAGUACCACGCGAAAAACAUUACCGAAGAAAAUAGUAGUUUUUGUCGGAUAAGUACCGUCGUCUCUGGGGCUACUUUGCGGCCUGAGGGACCUGCGAAGCAGAGCCCAAGGGACGUAAGGUAGCCCCGGAGCGAUGGCGCUUGUGUGGCGAAUUCUAUUUUUCCUACCGAGAGCACACCAGCCUCUCAAAAAUGCUCGAGGUAGGAAAAUGUCAUUAGGGUCUUCUUAGCUUUCUUUUUUUUUGUAUUCUUGCAUUUUUUGUACCAGUUUAUAAUCGAGUGAAGUGCGAAAGAAAAUUAAAGUCUAAUAAAAUAUUAUGCAUCCCGAAUAAUUAUACUCCCUCUCUGAUUUAAUAAUCAA